AUGUCCGAAUAUAAAUAUCUCUCGGUUCUUUCUUCUUCUACAGGGAGUAAAUCAGCGACGCCACCUGAGGAAUUCUGCACUGAAAUGGCCAAUGUCAAGUUAUCUUCUGCGAUCAAACACCUUUUGAGCCUCCGCAGCCCAAAUGCAUUGCCGAGUCCCUCCUUGGGCCAGCUUAACAAAGUCUUUACCACUACUUUUCGCGACGCACAAGCAAAGAACGCGGAAACCGGGUGGCUGGUUGCGACGACUUGCACACUCUUGUCAGCGAACCGGCCUUCAGCGGUUGGACAGCUCUAUCGGUUCGUCACAAGGUCCACCUUGGACAAAGAUGCAGAGCAAAAGCCCUUUGACCUCCCGAACGCGAUCAAUAAAGCUGCCUUGAUGAGGGAGUCUGCUCUGAAGAGCGUCAUCUUUGUCGGCGUUCCAAGAGUCAUUCUUUCCUUAAGUGCAUUGCAUGAAGCGCUCGAUGACGAAGUCAAACAUGCUUUGAGGACAAACUCGAAAAGGACCGCAACCUCGGAUAGCAUCGAAUCGAUUGUGACACGGGGAAAAGGACUCUGGAAUUCAAUCUACACGCCUCAUGCAGAUAAACUCCACGACAAGUUGGGUUCUUACCACCCAGAUUUCAUUUCGUUCAUAAUCCAGUGCUAUGGCGCCGUCCUCUCUCCUCUGCCGGGCCAGACUAGAGGCUAUACAGAUGUCAGUGGCGCGGACGAUCUCGAUCAAGGAAACUUGAGUCGCGCUAUGGGAUCCGUCGUCGGGAUCGCGACCUUACGCGCAGAGGGCGGGGUCGGGCCCCAGCUUACAAGCCACGUCUUCGGACUCCUCAAGGCACGCACCACGGAGAACCUUAGCGAAGAAGACAAAUGGCUUUCCAGCGACGAAGGGACUGAAUGGGUGAUUCGCACCGUCGACGAGGUCCUCGAUGGUGUGUCAGCAGAAGAUCAGGAUCAGCGGCAAGUCAAGGCCAAAUUAUAA